AUGUGGGUGGAGGUUCCUUUUUGGUGCCCAGGCUUCGGAUCCUGGGCGGGGGCGCGUGGCAGCCGCCAGGUGAGUGCCCCAGACGCGCCCUUAAGCCAGCCCCACCUCUCCCUAGAGACUCACUCCCCCUCCUUUUAUGGAGAGGGGGAAGGCAGGGGCCCUGGAUCCAGACGGUGGAAAGCGGCCGAGCGCCCGGGCGGGGGCCGGGCCGGCUCUCGUGCCCUUUUUGGCGCAGCAGCUCUGGGCGCUGCCCUCUGCUGCUGCUGGGGCCCGGGAGAGGCGAGCCGGCGGCGGCAGCGCUUCUGCGGCGGCCUCCUCCCCUCCCCGCCCGGUGCCGCAGGAUUGCAGCUGGCACUGGAGGGUGGGCAAGCUCGAGGGAGGGGCGCGCGGGGAACCCUGCCGCCUGUGCUCGGAGCCGGGCGCCGGGCUUUGAUGGAUUUGGCUGCCUGCGUGAACGCGAGUGUGCUCACUGCAGUGGCGGUGGCGGCCUGGCCCUGCCGGGUCCGCAAGACCCCCCGCACGCUUCCGAGGAGCCCGGCUGGAGCGCCCGCCCUGCGGCCUCGCCUCCCCGCCGAGCCGCCAGCGCCUCGGGACGCGAUGAGGACCUGGGCUUGCCUGCUGCUCCUCGGCUGCGGAUACCUCGCCCAUGCCCUGGCCGAGGAAGCUGAGAUCCCCCGCGAGCUGAUCGAGCGGCUGGCCCGUAGUGAGAUCCACAGCAUCCGCGACCUCCAGCGACUCCUGGAGAUAGACUCCGUAGGAGCCGAGGAUGCCUUGGGAACCAGCCUGAGAGCCCACCGGGCCCACGCCACCAAGCAUGCGCCCGAGAAGCGGCCUGUGCCCAUUCGGAGGAAAAGGAGCAUCGAGGAAGCCAUUCCUGCAGUCUGCAAGACCAGGACGGUCAUUUACGAGAUACCUCGGAGCCAGGUGGACCCCACCUCUGCCAACUUCCUGAUCUGGCCGCCGUGCGUGGAGGUGAAGCGCUGCACCGGCUGCUGCAACACGAGCAGUGUCAAGUGCCAGCCCUCGCGGGUCCACCACCGGAGCGUCAAGGUGGCCAAGGUGGAAUACGUCAGGAAGAAGCCGCGGUUGAAAGAGGUCCAGGUGAGGCUGGAGGAGCACUUGGAGUGUGCGUGCGCACCCUCCAGCCUGAGUCCAGACCACCGGGAAGAGGAGACCGAUGUGAGGUGAGGAUCAACAGCAGCCCUCUCCUGGGACACGGAUGUACAUGGCGUGUUACAUUCCUGAACCUACUAUGUACGGUGCUUUAUUGCCGGCGUGCGGUCUUUGUUCUCCUCCGUGAAAAACUGUGUCCAAGAGCACUCUGGAGAACAAAGAGACAGUGUACAUUUGUUCAGUGUGACAGCAAAGCAAGUAUUGUAGCACUCGGAGAAACUGUAAGCUUCCUUGUCAGAGAGAGAGAGAGAGAGAGACAGAGAGAGAGAGAAAAAAAACAAACCACAAAACACGACAAAAAACAAAAACAAAACAAAAACAAAAAACGGGACUCCAAAACAUCUAAGCCUUCGGCGGAAGGGCCGCCCCGCGCGGGGUGAAGUGCAGUGGGCUCGCGGUGAAGCGCAGUGGGCUCGCGGGUGGAUCUGUGUGGGCCGCGGUGCUUUUGCUGAGUCGGAGCCUGGUGUGGAGAAGCCAGGCUUGGAUCACCACGUGGACACCCCCUCGCUGCAGCACUCCAGUCUGUGGGACCCUCCUGGGAGCCUUAAUGGGUUUUUUUUUUACACCGUAAAGUUACGGAGCUUUCCUUUUUACUCUUUGCCUAGCUUUCCCACCCCUCCCCCCCAACCUUUUUUUAAUUAUCUCUUGGAUGACAUUUACGCCGAUAACACACGAGGCUGCUGUAACUGUCAGGACAGAGCGACGGUAUUUUUCCUAGCAAGAUGCAAACUAAUGAGAUGUAUUAAAAUAAACGCGGUAUACCCACCUAUGCAUCA